AUGUCAACUGCCAAUGACACCAAAUUCCAAUCUGCAGUGUUCCUUCUCACUGGGAUACCUGGGCACGAAGACGCCCAUCUCUGGAUUUCCAUCCCCUUCAGCUUAAUGUAUGUUAUUUCGAUAGUAGGAAAUGCAGUCAUCAUAUACUUUAUAAAAACAGAGCCAAGCCUCCAUGAGCCCAUGUACAUUUUCCUUUCCAUGUUGGCUGUCACAGACAUUGGCAUAUCGAUAGCCACCAUACCGACAAUACUGGGCACAUUCUUGUUUAACUAUAGGGAGAUCAGCCUCAACGCCUGUUUGGCCCAGGUGUUUUUCAUCCACUUUCUUUCAAAAAUGGAAUCCUCCGUGCUCUUGUCCAUGGCCUUUGACCGCUUCAUCGCGAUCUGUAACCCGCUGAGAUACGCUUCCAUCUUAACCCCAGUGAGAAUAGCCAAGAUGGGGCUGGUGUUUGUGGUAAGAGGGGUGGCUGUAGCAUUCCCACUCCCCCUUCUUCUAAAAAGGUAUCAAUAUUGUCGAGCCAGUGUCCUGUCCCAUUGCUACUGUCUAAACCAGGAUGUCAUGAAGUUGGCUUGUUCAGACAUAAGAGCCAGCAGCGUCUAUGGCAUGUUUGUGGCAAUCUCUACUGUGGGGUUGGACUCGCUACUCAUCUUCCUCUCCUAUGUGAUGAUCCUCAAAACAGUGCUGGGCAUCGCAUCCCGCACGGAGAGCCUCCGGGCCCUGAACACCUGCGUCUCUCACCUUUGUGCCGUCCUGCUCUUCUAUGUGCCAGACAUCGGCCUGGCUGUGAUCCACAGAUAUGGGAACAGCUCUACUCACUUGCUUAAGAUUCUCCUGGGCUACGUCUACCUGAUGGUUCCACCCCUAAUGAACCCGAUCGUGUACAGCGUGAAAAGCAAACAUAUUCGUGCUCGGAUCAUCAGGGCCUUCAUCAAGUGA